AUGGCAGAAUCGACCGUUGAAGAAGUCAUACAGGAUGUUGGAAAAACCGGGGUUCAAGAACCACCCACAGCAUCAGUCCCAAAGACGUCUUCCCCACCGGAUCAGCAAGUUGUGACACCCUGGGAGGUCCAAGGACAAAUAACACAAGACGGAAAACAAUUGGCUAUCAACUACGACCUUCUCAUCGAUCAGUUUGGUACCCGAAGAAUUGACGAUGCGUUGCUUGCCCGCUUUGAGAAGCUCACCGGCGCUAAACCUCAUCCACUAUUGAAAAGAGGGAUGUUUUUCUCGCACCGUGAAUUCGGGCGCAUUCUUGACCUGCGCGAGAAAGGGAAGCCAUUCUUUUUGUACACAGGGAGAGGUCCGAGUAGCAAUAGUAUGCAUCUAGGACAUCUUAUUCCGUUCAUGUUCACAAAGUGGUUACAAGACGUUUUUGACGUCCCGCUAGUAAUCCAGCUCACAGAUGACGAAAAAUUCCUGUUCAAACAGGAUUUGAAAGUAGAGCAGACCCAGCAAUUCGCAAGGGAUAACAGCAAAGACAUCAUUGCCUGCGGCUUCGAUCUUGAGCGGACAUUCAUUUUCAGCAAUUUUGAUUAUGUCUCCGGUGCUUUCUACAAGAAUGUUGUGAAAAUAUCGCGGUGCAUCACCGUCAAUCAAUCGAAGGCAACCUUCGGCUUCCAAGAUGCGGAUAACAUUGGAAAACUGCAUUUCGUCGCGAUACAAGCUGCCGCUUCGUUCUCAAAUUCAUUCCCUCAAAUCUUUGGAGAUAAGUCAGACGUUCCAUCACUAAUUCCCUGUGCCAUCGACCAGGACCCAUAUUUUAGAUUGACACGAGACGUUGCCGCCCGACUCAAAUACCCCAAACCAUGUUUGAUUCACGCGAAGUUCUUUCCUGCACUUCAGGGCCCACAGACCAAGAUGUCUGCCUCAGAUCCAAAUUCUACGAUUUACAUGACCGACACGCCAAACCAGAUUAAGAACAAAAUUAAUAAGCACGGGUUCAGUGGUGGCCGGGAUACUGAAGAGGAACACCGGAAAUUCGGCGGAAAUCCGGAUGUGGACGUGGCUUUCCAGUAUCUUAAGUUCUUUGAGCACGAUGAUGAGCUCAUCGCCAAGAUCGAAGCCGAUUACCGAUCAGGAGAACUGCUUACCGGGGAGCUGAAGGCUAAAUGUAUUAAAAUCCUCCAGGGCGUCGUAAAGGAAUUCCAGGAGAGGAGAACGAGGCUGACAGACGCAGAUGUUAAUGCAUUCAUGGAUGCUAAUCGGAAGAUCGAGCCUCUUCCACGUUCAAAGCAGGCCACGUCUUAA